AUGCUCGGCUACGCUGAUAUCCGUUCAGCAUUAUGCGAACUCACCAAAGAAUGUCACGUCUUAUGGGAAGAGAACAAAGAUAUGCAAGGGCGUUUUGUGAAUGACCUUGCUGAGCUACAAAGCAUACAACUUGCGAUCACUCAAUUUGAACAUGAUCACAGGUUUCGGAACAAGACUUUCAGAAGUGAUCGCCUUGCACAAGCUCGUGCAUCCAUGUGUGAAAUGCAGCGUAAAGCAAGUCAGCUGUAUGAAACACUUUCUGAGAGGCGUUGUUCGUUAGCACAAAAACUCAAUGAUGGCGUUCACAAUGUAGCGCUUCUUCAAAACCAGUUGAUCAGUGACCGUUUAUUCGAUUGGAAGAAUCGACAGAAGCUUGCACAAGUUGGAGUACCGUUCGAGAACAAGGAUCAGCUGCUCGAUGAGAUACAAUUUGAGUGA